AGAUUUGUCAAAAGAAAGCAUUGAUGAAUGUUGAUGAUAUCAGUUUCGGAAUCCACCGGUUGUGUAAUAAUUAAAGAAAGCGACUAGGCGCAUAAUUUGUUUAUAUGCACGAAUGUUAUGGUAAAAAAAACAGUUUAUAAUAAUGACUGAUCAAAACCUUUUCGGCUAUGAGGGCGGAGGUCAAACUGAAAUUGCUCCAGGCAGUUCCAACACAAAGGGAGCCUACAAGUUUACACCGGAAGAAUUACAAGUGCUUCAACAAUGUAACAACGAAAGUUUCUUCAAGCGUUCGUUGCCGCUAGGUACUCUGUUAGGUUUGGGGACUUUCAUGGGUGUACAAAAAGGUCAUUUCAAAGCAAGUCCUCGAUUUGGCGCCUUUCCAAAAGUAACACUAGCCGUGAUUGUGGGGUACUUCCUGGGCAAGAUUUCUUACCAGCGAGCAUGUGCCGAGAAGCUCAUGGCUCUUCCUGGUAGUUACAUUGGACAAUUACUGAGAGACAAAAAAAGUCCAAGCAGAAGUUAUCAGUCAUCUGCAUCUAUGUUUGGAGCAUCUUCUGGAGAUAUUUACUCAGAUGCUGGACCUGGCAGCUCUCUCAACCUCGACACAGACCGACCUUUAUUCAAUGAGGACUCAUAUCAUCCUCCAGACUCUGACAUUGGUUCUGCACCUGGCAGUCCAGAAAAUUCCCCAUCAAAGACGCUUUCCUAUGAGGAGUUACGGCGUAAGAAUAGAGGGGAUUACAAUGAAUCACGCCAGGAACCAUACAAAAUCCAACCAAACACAGCACCAAUUGUGACAAGGGCACAACCUUCCCCUCAGAGCCCGACCAACAAGUAUGGAGAUACUAUGGAGUAGAAACAUAUUUCAAGGUUAUCUGAAUGUAGAUUCUAUAGUUUAUGUAACAAAGGUGGUUUUAGGGUUUUGUAACAAAAUGGCAAAUGUAACACUUAAUGUCGCAAUUCUGUCCAUCACAAGCAUCAUAACAAUAUGGAAGGCACAAAUUUUUGCAUAUAGUUGAAUAUUAUUUGACAGUAAUGUAAGUCUUAAAGUAUGUUAUUUAUUUAAAUUUCAUCCAUUUUAAUCCAUCUCAAAAAUGCUUACCUAGAUUUUAAGACAUUUAAUAUUUUAAUACUCUUAUGUAUUCUGAAUUGAUAUGCAUGUCUAAAAGAUGGCUCAGACUAAGCAUUGCUAAUAUUAUAUUAUAGUAAAAACUUGCAUAUGCAUGCUUACCCAUAUAAUUUAUAUAAUAACACUCUUUAAAAGUUUCUUUACUCAAAUGGAUCUCGAAGCAUUUAUUAGUAUGAUAAAUUUUAUAAAGAAAAGCUUUCAGUUGUUACACAUGCACUUUUAUUGUCUUCAGUUGCCAUUAAGUUUCAAUCUGUAUAAUCAUGUAAAGCAUUAUAAAUAAAGUACAUUAGAUAUU